GCGGGGCUGCGCGGGCGAGCCGGGGCGCGGCGGCGGCCGCCAUGGGCCGGUGAUCGCGGCGGCUGCUCCCCCGCGCGCUCCCUGGCCGGGGCCAUGGGCUCGUCGGCGGCCGCGGCGGCGGCGGCGGCGGCGGCCGACUCGGCGCAGUGGCUGUCGGUGAAGGAGGAGACCAUCUUCCUGCACGACGGGCUCAUCCGCGUCACCGACCUGGCCGAGCUGCCCAGCGAGAUCCUCGGCGCCCCGGAGGCGGCCGACACCGACCUGGAGAUUUUAACAUUCGAGACCAAGAACCCGACAGAGUUAGCGGAACGCUUGCGCUCCGUGUGCGGCAAUCAGAGCAAUGCCUACGCCCGCCUGCUGGAAUACCGCCUGAAUGCCUUGCGGGGACUGUGGAAUGCCCAGCGCCAGCUGGCCUUGGAGGAGCAGCAUGAGCGGGAGAGUUCCGGGGACGAGGAGACGCUCGCGCUGCUCAAGCGGCAGGGCUUGUUGCAGCAGCCCGAGCAAGCGCCCUUCACCUCGCGGAUGGGGCUGCUGCUGGUCUUCCCCCUCAUCCAGUCCCAGAGUCGAACAGACCCCUCUCUCUGUAACAUAACUGCUGAGGUGCUAUUGAACUGCCUUCGAGACUGCCAGCCUUUGAGCUUGACCAAGGAGCCCGCGGACUGUCUCAACGGAAUCGAAACGCUGCUGUGCUCCUGGCUCGAGGAGACUUCGGACACGGGCCGACACAUCCCUCAUAAGCAAAAAGAAAACGCUGCUGCGGCCCUGGUGGCAUUGGCGUGUGCCAGGGGCUCUUUGAAAACUUUUGUCCACACUGUCCAUCUGUUACAGAAACAGACUGACCUCGGGUCUCUGCCUGUCGCUGAUGUGCUCUAUAGGCUCUUGCUGUUGGAGGGGGGCCCAGGAUCCCCCUCGUGUCUGCUGGGUGGCAAACACAUAGUAUCCUGGGGGUACGAAGACAUGCUGCCCGCACCAGAUAGCAACACUGGCUCCAGUUCUGAAAAUAAAGAUGCUGACUUAGGACGCUGUCUCACGGCGGAUGGUCUUUACCUGUACACUACUAACUCCGUCGGGAGAGGAGUCAGCAAGCUGGGCUCUGGAUUACAUGGCACCCUCAGAGGUUUUGUGUACUGCCGAAAUGAGGAGCUGGAACCAGGCUGGGUGGCCUUUGGCAGUGGCCGUCUUCUCCAUCGACCUGUUUCUUUUGAUAAUAAACCUCACUCCCUCUUCCAGGUCAUUGACCAGAAUACCCUCCAGGUGUGCCAGGUGGUGCCGAUGCCCGCCAAUCACCUCCCCGUGGGCGGCACCAUGAGCACCGUGCACCUGUCUUCCGACGGCACUUACUUCUAUUGGAUCUGGUCUCCCGCCAGCCUGAAUGAGAAAACACCCAAGGGACAUUCCGUCUUCAUGGACAUUUUUGAACUUGUGGUCGAAAAUGGUGCCUUUGUAGCCAAUCCACUGCAGGAACGCACCAUUCUCAUGAGGAAGGAGGGCGAGUCGGCGAAAAGCAUCAACGAGAUGCUUCUGAGCAGACUGUCCCGGUACCGAGCCUCUCCGUCCGCGACGCUGGCCGCCCUCACGGGCUCCACCAUCUCCAACACUCUGAAGGAGGACCAAGCAGCAAAUACGAGCUGUGGACUCCCUCUGAAAAUGCUCCGGAAGACACCCAUAUAUACCUGCGGUACUUACUUGGUGAUGUUGGUCCCACCCCCAGGGGGGUCAGGCAGCUCUGCCACUCGCUCUCUUUUUGGUGGGACAAGUGGCUUGUCAUCUUUAAAAAUCCUAGCCUCGAGUUUGGUGUAUAAUAUUUCGGACGGCCAGUUUACCAGUCGCGCGGAUCUCAUAGAUGCUGCUGGAAGCUCCCUGGGCCGUGGUGCUCUCGUCCCAGGACUGGGCGCCUGUUACGACACAGUGAACAACAUGCUCUGGACGUGCUCGAAUGACUAUAUUGAUCAGUGGUGCAACCCUGGCAAUCAGGCCUUCCAUUAUGUCUGUCAGAGACUCGGAGUCAGCCACAUCAUCACUGAGCCCAAAGAUGAGGCUAUAACCACAAAUGAGGUUAUAAACCAAUUACUGCACCACGUUGGUGCGAUGUGCAUACACCAACUCAAUCUUCUUGCUACCAACCCCAAUCUGCCAAUCACAAGUGUCUUGGGCAAGCAGCAUCCGAUUGAAGCACACCAUCUCAGCAGUAUUUGUGACAUUAUGGAGAAGGCCAUGGUUAAUGGAGAUUCCUGUAUUAUACGUUGCAUUCUCGUCGUAUUCCAGGUGGUAUUUAAAUUUUUCUUCAGCCCACAAACUGAAAGGAAUCGAGACAUCAUCCGCCGGUCAGGAUUGCUUCUUUGGCAGUUGUUGAUGGCUCCGAAAGAUCAAAUCUGCCAUGAAAUCCAGAAGGAAGUCUGCCUUGCCAUCAGCUCUGGUUUAAAUAUCUUGUACCCAGGUGAAACGGAAAUCAAUAACUUACUUAAGCUGGUUUUAACAGAAGGAGAAAGAAACAGCGGCCUUUCCCAGCUGCGGGAUGUGAUCCUGACCAAUUUAGCUGAACAGCUUCAAAACAACCGAUUCGGCAGCGAGGAGGAUGACCAUUACAGACUGAACGAUGAGCUUUUACACUACAUUCUGAAGAUCGUUGUCAGAGAAUCCUGUAUCUUAAUCACUAAGUGCCAAACUGUCUCUAAAGAUGAUUUUCAAAAACUCCUUUCAACUGUGCCUGCCGCAUCCUCCUGCCUGCGCUAUCUGAUGGCAGUUCAGAACCACCUUCUCAGUAACACUGUUUUGAUUAAGCCCGACGAGAGCGAUGACAGUGACAGCUCGUUGCAGGGAGAGACAUUGAAGGUACAGGAGCUCAAGGUCAGCAUAUUGGCGCUGGCCACCCAGAUUCUGACGGGAUGUGAUGAAGUGUUGGAAAUGCUGCAGCAGGUCACAACUGCCCUCAUCAACAGUGACAUGGCUGACCGCGAGCAGAGGCUAAAAGGCUUGGAGCAAGUUACUAAGGCUACGAUGCUCGGUCACCUUCUUCCAGUUCUGCUCACAUCCCUGAUGCAUCCGAACCUCCAGACUCUGACCAUGGCCGACGCCCUGAUGCCGCAGCUGGUGCAGCUGGUGCUCUACACCAGCCAGACGGCUUUGCUGCUUAAAACCCAGUGUCCAGUGUUUGUCGAGAUGGGCUGUUCUCCCUGUGGCACAACGGACCAGAAGGGCAGACUGUUCCCUGAAGAGAGAAUGUUGGAAGAGAAGGAAGAGCCAGGUUUCCUCACGGGCUUAAAGAUCCCCGCUCCCUGGGCCGCCGGGAAGACGGUGGAGACCGUGCACCCCGUCAGAGACAACUAUAAGUUCAAGGAGACCGUCCACAUCCCAGGCGCGCGCUGCCUGUACCUGAGGUUCGACAGCAGGUGCUCCUCGCAGUAUGACUACGACAAAUCUAACAGUCUAUUUUCUGUUUUGAAGUUGGUGAUAUACGCGGGGCCUAACACAAACAGUAGGAAGGUUGCUGAGUAUGGAGGCAACACUCUGGGAUAUGGCAGCCGUAGUGUCUUAGGAACUGGUUGGCCGAAAGACUUGGUGAAGGUGGAAGGAGAUACCGUUACCUUCUCCUUCGAAAUGAGAAGCGGCCGCGAGCACAACACUCCCGAUAAAGCCAUGUGGGGCUUUGCCUGCACCGUUCGCGCUCAGGAGUCCUCGGAGGAUGUGUCGGGAGGCCUGCCCUUCCUGGUGGACCUGGCCUUGGGGCUGUCUGUGUUAGCUUGUUCCAUGCUCAGAAUCCUCUACAACGGCCCCGAAGUCACCAAAGAGGAAGAGGCCUGCCAGGAGCUGUUGCGGUCCAAACUCUUACAGAGGUGCCAGUGGCAGGUGGAGGCCAAUGGUGUGAUCUCACCCGCCCUUACUCCAAGCCCGUCCCCGCUGCCUCUGACCAUCGAGGAAGACCGAGAGUUCACCUACCCCUCUGACGUGCUGGCCCCUCCCACCGGGAACUACUUCGACCUGCCCCGCAUCCGGCUGCCUCCGGGAAUCAUGAUAAAGCUCAGGGAAAUUUCUGGGCGAGCCAGACCUCAGUUCAGACCAAGUAUAAAAGAAGUAAUUCAGCCCGAUGUGAUGGAAGAGAUGGUGGUGUCAUGCGUUAUUAAGCACUUGAACUUGGUUGACGCACUCCAGUCCCUAAUAAAUUUCCAGUAUCAGGAAGAACAUGCUGAGGAAUAUGAUUUGUUAUGUAAAAUUAUGGGCGAGACCUUUAAGAAGCUCAAUGCCAUGGAGAGACAGCUGCAGAGUGUUGCAGAAUUGGAACAGAAAUGGCAAAGUGAGGUUGACGAGGCCAUUCAGGGGAAACUGGAGAACAACAUGCCUUUCUUCUAUGAUUACCACUUUAAUGAGAACAAAAUGAAAGAACUAGAACUUUUGUGUUCAAUGAAGGAAGUCUCCUUUGAUGGAAAUGAUCUUGAAAACAUGGUCCUCUCACUGAGGGAGAAGUUCCUGCAGGAAGUGAACUCUCUUACUCACAAGCUCUCUCACCCCCUGGGGAAAACGAAGACGCUAGUGAAGAGUUUAAUGAACCGAGCCGAGCUCUUGCUGCAUGUGACCAUCGCGGCCCAGUCUGGCCUCACGAGAAGCAUCUCUGGGACCCCCGCAGAAACUCCAGCUUGUAAGUCAGCCUCGGAAACCAAGGUGAUCUCGCACGCCGUGCGGCAGCCCGUCUUCCUCCGCAGCAUGUCGGCGCCCUCCGACCUGGAAAUGAUUGGGAACGAAGAUCUGGAAUUUACUAGAGCAAAUCAGAGGUUCUGGCCGUGCCCCUCUCUGUGCAGGAGGCGCCACGGGACCAGCCACCGCAGCAGCUCCUUUACGCUCCUGCAGUCGUUGGCCAUCGAGGACAGCAGGGACAAGCCCACGUACAGCGUCCUGCUCGGGCAGCUGUUCGCCUUCAUCGGCACCAGCCCGGACCAAGCGGUGUCCAGCAGCAGCUUCCUGUUGGCCGCACAGACGAGGUGGCGCCGGGGAAACACGCGCAAACAGGCCCUGGUGCACAUGCGGGAACUGCUCACGGCCGCCGUGCGCGUCGGGGGAGUGACGCACCUCGUGGGCCCAGUGACCAUGGUCCUGCAGGGCGGCCCCAGGAUCGAAGAGCUGACCUGUGGCGGCAUGGUCGAGCAAGUGCAGGAGGCCUUCGGCGAGACCAUGACCUCUGUGGUGUCUCUGUGCGCACGCUACCCCAUCGCCUGUGCCAACAGCAUCGGCCUCCUGUGCACCAUCCCCUACACCAGGAGUGAAGAGAAGUGCCUGGUGCGGAGUGGCCUCGUCCAGCUCAUGGACCGACUGUGCAGCCUGAGCAGCCAGACCGAGUCGAGCUCCAGUGAGAAGCAAACCAAGAAGCAGAAGGUGGCCACCAUGGCCUGGGCCGCCUUCCAGGUGCUCGCCAAUCGCUGUGUGGAGUGGGAGAAAGAAGAAGGAGGCUCCACAGAAGCCGUGCACUCGGGCCUGGCGCGGCAGGUGUCCAGCCUCCUCACGAACCACCUGGCCCGGGCCACAGAGUGCUGCGGCAACCAGGCGGCCGGCAACGAUGCCCUCCAGGAUGUCCUUAGUCUGCUCAACGACCUCUCGAGGAGUCACAUCGGGAAAGCCAUCCUGAGCCAGCCGGCUUGUGUGUCCAAACUGCUGUCGCUGCUGCUUGACCAGCGGCCGUCCCCAAAGCUGGUGCUCAUCAUCCUGCAGCUGUGCCGGGCGGCGCUCCCGCUGAUGAGUGUGGAGGACUGCGGGAACGUGGAGCUGCCCCCCUGGAGCUACUCCGUCCCCUCCCUCAACAGCGAGCCGGAGGACCCCAGCGACCCGGCCUCCAAGAUCGCCUCGCUGCUGCUCGCCAAGCUGGCGGACUACGUGGUCCCAGGAUGUCAGACAGUCCUUUCUCCGACGGCUUCUGAGCCUGACACCACCCUGACAAAAUCCAGCCCCAAGAAUUCCUUGAAAGGGGAUAAAGACCCGGGAGAGGAGAGUGAAGCGGUGGACGGCAAGCUCUCCAUCUUCAUCCACAAGCGGGAAGACCAGUCAUCCCAUGAGGUUCUCCAGCCAUUGCUGAGUAGCUCGGAAGGACGGCCUUUUCGCCUCGGUACUGGUGCCAACAUGGAAAAAGUUGUGAAAAUGGAUCGUGACAUGACCAAGGGCGGCUGCUGUGAGGUGAUCACCGAAGAGGCCGCAGCCGCGCUCCGGAAGGCCACCAAGUGGGCGCAGUCGGGCCUCAUCGUCAGCGUCGGGCCACCCGUGGAGGCGGCCAACCCAGAGACUGUGAGCGGACUCUCCACCGGUGACAAGAAGAAAACGGCGCAGACGUCCAUCUGCCGAGAGAGGAACUCGGAACUCGCAAGGACUGACCCUGUCCGGCCGUUCAUCAGUGGGCACGUGGCGAACAGCAUGGCUGCAGAAGUGAUUGCUUUGCUUCACAGCUUGCUAAUGGCACCUGAGUCAAACGCCGCUCAGAUAUGGACCACCACAGCAGAAAAGGUCCUGUCUCGUGCCCUGAUGUACAUUCCACAGUUGGGGAAACACGCAGAAAGCAUUCUUGAAAACGGAAGCAGCAGUGGGAGAAAGCUCGCCAAGCUUCAGAGAAUCGCCCGCCAGGCCGUUGCUGCGCUGUGUGCACUUGGAGGCUUCAAAGAGACCAUCAAGAUAGGGUCUGAGGUUCAGGUGCUCGGGAGAGGAAUAGCAGGAAGCAUCGGAGUAGUGGCGUCCAUCAACGAACAGGAAGGUAUAGCUACGGUCAGAUUCCCACCCAUAGACUGUAGAAAGACUUCGCAAGCUUCAGACACUCUGACCAUUCCAUUGUCUAGACUUUGUGUUCCAAGAUCGGAGGCAUUGCCUCUUCAUAAACUGUCCAUUACUGAGAAGGUAGUGCAGGCAGUCCAGUCCAUGUUGCUCCCUCAGGAGGGAAGUCUCUCUAUUCACACCUCACUUCCUGCAACAGGAGAUGGCUCAGCUCCUGUGAUGGCAGUUGUCCGGCUCCUGGCUGAGAUCAGAACAAGAGCAUGCCUGGUAAUGGCCCAGCUUUUGGAAGACAGCUUAUUCUGUGAGGAAUUCAUCCAGCAGUGCCCGGCAGCCAUUGAAGUCCUCAACCUUGUGGCCCAGGAGUGCAGCGCCGGAGAGCGGCUGGCGGUUGUGGAGGUGCAGUGUGAGCGGCUGAGGAUGCUGUACCGGGACUGUGCUCGGCCCCCGCCACCACCUCUGCAGGCUGACCGGAGACAGCCCAAGGAGAUUACCUGGAGCCCCUCCCGAGUGUUCCCACCUGUUCGCGCCUGCAUGUUCUCGUCGCACCUCACGUCUGUCACCUUCCUGGCUGACCCCAGUGCGGGGGGUGGUCUUCCCCGGGGCACCUUCAUCUAUGCCACCUCACCACUGCCAGUUCAGGCCCCGUCUUUUUACUGGGAAAUCGAGAUCGUUUCCUAUGGCGAUACCGACGAUGACACUGGGCCCAUCGUCUCCUUUGGCUUUGCUACCGAGGCAGAGAAACGAGAUGGGGCCUGGACUAACCCAGUGGGCACUUGUCUUUUCCAUAACAACGGCCGGGCUGUGCACUACAACGGCUCCAGCUUGUUGCAGUGGAAGAGCGUUCGACUGGAUGUGACUCUCUCCCCCGGUGACGUGGCAGGGAUCGGCUGGGAGAGGAGCGAGGGCACCCCACCUCCUCCGGGGCAGCCCGCCAAGGGCCGGGUAUACUUCACCUACUGCGGGCAGCGCCUCUCACCCUACCUCGAAGAUGUCUCUGGAGGCAUGUGGCCUGUGGUUCACAUUCAGAAAAAGAACACCAAGACGCGCGCUAACUUCGGUUCCCGCCCAUUCGCCUAUGCCGAAGGUCAGGCCCACCGCAACGCUGCGGACUUGUGCCCCGACCUGGCAGAGGAGAUAAGCGCCAACUUUGAGGCCUUGCCCUUCGCCAUGGCCUCUGACAGCGACAACGAUGCUGGCACCAGUAUUGCCUCAGACCCGGGCACCCACGGGCCCCCGUGCCGGAUCGCUGCCGUGGCCACCGCUCAACAGCAAUAUGACAGCGACACUUCCUGUCACUACAAAGUGGAGCUCAGCUAUGAGAAUUUCAUCACCUCGGGCCCAGACCCCCACCCACCCCCCAUUGCAGAUGAUGAGAGCGAUGACGAUGACGACGACGACAUCCCGCAGGAGGACCACUAUGCGUUGCUGGUGAAGGCAUGGGAGACCAAGGUCUUCCCCACCAUCCGGAGACGCUUCCGCAACGAAGCCGAGCGGAAGUCCGGCCUGGACCAGAUAAAGGGCGCGUUACAGCUAGGCAUGGUGGACAUUGCCCGGCAGACAGUCGAGUUUCUCUACGAGGAGAACGGCGGGAUCCCCCGAGACCUUUAUCUACCCACCAUUGAGGACAUUAAAGACGAAGCAAACAAGUUCACAAUUGACAAAGUUCGAAAAGGCCUCACGGUCGUCACCCGGUCUCCGGACAGCAAUAACGUAGCCAGCAGUACCGUGGGAACUGCGCUGCCCAAGUUCGCCAUCCGGGGGAUGCUGAAGACCUUCGGGCUCCACGGAGUUGUCCUGGAUGUGGAUUCAGUGAAUGAAUUGGUGCAGGUGGAAACGUACCUCCGCAGUGAAGGGGUGCUGGUCCGAUACUGGUACCCUAUAGACAUGUUGGAGCGGCCUCCCGCGGGCUACCGUCGGACCGCCACCAACGGGCUGGUCACGCUGGACAACACCAACCUGCAGAUUCACAGGGAGCUGCUGCGCUGCGAGGCGGCGCUGGCCCGGCUGUACUGCCGGGUGGCCCUGCUCAACAUCUUCGCCCCCAAGCUGCCCCACCUGUUCACCCGCCUCUUCCACAUCCCCGCCAUCCGGGACAUCACCCUGGAGCACCUGCAGCUGCUGUCCAAUCAGCUCCUGGCUCCUCCCCUCCCAGAUGGCACCAUCAGCUCCAGCUCUAUCCUCCUGGCACAGUCUCUGCAGCACUGCGUCCACUCCCAGAGCUGCUCGGCCACCGACCUCUUCUACCAGGGCAGCUCGCAGACGGUGCGGGAGUGGCUCAACGUGGCCAUCACACGGACCCUGCACCAGGGCGAGGAGAGUCUGCUGGAGCUCACCAAGCAGAUCUGCUCCUUCCUGCAGACAGCGCCGGAGCAGUUUCCCUCGGAAGAGUUUCCGAUUUCCGAGUCCAAAGUCAACAUGGACGUUAAUUUUCCCGGGGCAGCAUUUGUCGUAGUGUCCUGUAAAGAAAGUCAGUCUGGAUUCCGCAAAGACUCCUCCCUGUACAAGGCGCCCUGGGCGCGGGUGCUCGUGUACGGGCUGGGCCACAAGGUCAAGCGAAACGGCCAGCUCAACCUCAUCGAGGCUGUCUGUUACCCGCGGGACGCUUCUCCGGCCAACACCGGCCUCACACCUCCCCCCACUGCCAACCAGUACCCCUCUGUGAUCCUCUCCGCGGACAAGGUCCACAUCAAGCUGGGGGUGUCCCCGCCGCCCGGGGCCGUGCUGGUGCUACACUCUCUGCCCCUGGAGUUCCCUCUGGCCAUGGCCUUUGCCGAGCAGCUGCUGUCCUGGAAGGCGGAGGAAGGCGAAGCGAAGUCCGAGGACGAGCCUGACACCAUCCCCACGUCCGUCCUGCUGCAAGUGGUGGAGCUGCUGGGGAACUUCCUGUGGACCACGGACAUGGCGGCCUGCGUGAAGGAGCUGGUCUUCCACCUGCUGGCCGAGCUCCUGCGCACGGUGCACGCCCUGGAGCAGCGGAAGCACCCCGCCGGCCUGUCGUCCUCCAUCGCGCUGCAGCUGAACCCCUGCCUGGCCAUGCUCAUGGCCCUGCAGUCGGAGCUGCACAAGCUGUACGACGAGGAGACGCAGAGCUGGCUGUCGGGCGGCGCCGCCGCCCCCGACCAGGGCAGGUUCUCCGUGUAUUUCCACGCGCUCAUGGAGGGCUGCCUAUCGGUCGCCGAGGUCACCUUGCCCACCAACAUGAGCGUCACGGCCAGCGGGGUGACCUCCACCACCGCCCCGAACCUCAGCGACUCGUCCUCCUCCUCCUCGUCCUCCCCGGGCCAGACGCCGCAGAGCCCCAGCCUCCUGUCCAAGAGGAAGAAGGUGAAGAUGAAGCGGGAGAAGGCCUCCUCCUCCGGGAAGCGCCAGUCCUCCCGUUCCGUGGACUCAGACCCCGUGCUCAGCAUCGGGGGCAGCAAGCCCGAGGACAUGCUGUGGUUCCACCGGGCGCUGACCUUGCUCAUCAUCCUCCGGCACCUCACGAGGAAGGACCCGCAGGGGCUGGGCGUGACGAGCGACGCCAUCGCCGACGCCUGCCAGGCACUGGUGGGCCCCACGGCGCACAGCCGCCUGCUGGUCAUCUCGGGGAUCCCCACCCACCUGGACGAGGCCGUCGUGAGAGGCGCCAUCCGCAAGGCCUGCAGCGCCCACGGCGGGGUCUUCAAGGACGAGAUCUACAUCCCCUUGCAGGAUGAAGACCCCAAGAAGCCGCGAGACAAGGCCGAGGGCGGGGAGGGGAAAGGAGAGCCGGACAAGGCCCUGGGCUUCGCCAGCACGGACAGCUUGGAGGUCAGCACAUCCAGCAGCCUGGCCCCCGCCAUGAGCGUCAGCGCGUCGGCCUCCACCAGCCAGGCGUCCAUCUGCAGCUCCCAGGGCAUCUCCCAGACGGUCAGCGACCUCUCAGUGGACCCGCUGCCCGCCGGCCUCGAGCUGCCCGUGCCCGCCGGCCUGCUGGAGCCCCACGUGAUCUCCAGCCAGGAGAGCCUGGACGUUUCCCUGUGUAGCACCGGCAGCCUGGGCAGCCUGGGCAGCCUGGGGGAGCCGCUGGACAAUGCGGAGAUGGCCUCCGUGUCGGACAUGGGCUCCAUGUACACGGUCACGUCUCUGGACAACCAGCCCCUUGCAACACGCCCCAUCAAAGGCUUCGCCGUUGUGGAGAUAAGAUCCCGAGCCAAAAUCGAGAAAAUUCGAGCAAGUUUGUUCAAUAACAAUGACUUGAUUGGCUUGUCGAGCCUGGAUGGCGAAGAUGAGCUGAUGGAAAUGUCGACGGAGGAGAUUCUCACGGUGUCGGUGGUCAACCAGAGCUUGUUCGACACGCAGGGCAGCCCGGGUCUGGAGGACUAUUUCAAUGAUAAGUCGAUUAAAGGUGACAAGCUGGUGCCCGGGGCCAGAGAGGUGCUGACAGAGAUAUUUAAGAGCUGCGCCCAUUCGGAGCAGACGCUGAGCCUGACCCCGGCGAAGCCCAUCAAGGUCUCGGACAUUUACCUCAGCAAAGAGCAGAUCAACUCGCAGACGCCGGGCAACCUGCUCCACCUCUUCUUCACCAACGUCCGGCCUCCCAAGAAGGUGCUGGAGGAUCAGCUCACGCAGAUCCUCAGGAAGUACGGCGUGCCGAAGCCCAAGUUCGACAAGAGCAAGUACAGCAAGGCCGGGAAGGAGCAGCACCCCGUGAAGGUGGUGAGCACCAAGCGGCCCCUCAGCAAGCCGCCCGCCAAGGACAAGGCCGCGCUCAACAGCGUCAGCAGGACAGCCUUGAGCGAGAAGAAGCCGACCGUGAAGCCCAAGUCCCCGGAGAAGAGCAAGCCGGAUGAGAAGGACCCCGAGAAGUCCCCCACCAAGAAACAGGAAGUCCCCGAGGAGAAGUACCUGACCCUGGAGGGAUUUCACAAGUUCGUCAUUGAUCGCGCCAAGCAGGACAUCCGCAGCGUCUGGAGGGCCAUCCUGUCCUGCGGGUAUGACCUGCACUUCGAGAGGUGUGCCUGCAUCGACGUGCGCCACGCCCACAAGGCCUCCCGGAAGUGGAGUCUGGAGAUGGACGUGGCGCUCGUGCAGUACAUCAACCGGCUGUGCCGCCACCUGGCCAUCACCCCGGCCCGGCUCCACCCCCACGAGGUGUACCUGGACCCCGCCGACGCCUCUGACCCCCGCGUGGCCUGCCUCCUGAGCGUGCCCAUCGAGAGCCUGCGCCUGCGCUUCGCCCUGCUGCAGUCGCUCAACACCACCCUGGAGACCUUCUUCCUGCCGCUGGUGGAGCUGCGCCAGACGCCCGUGUACACGCACAGCAUCGCGGCCCUGCUGAAGGAGGCCAAAGGGCUGAUCUUUUACGACACGAAGGUGACCGUCAUGAACAGGGUGCUGAACGCCACGGUGCAGAGGACAGCCGACCACGCCGCCCCCGAGAUCACUCUGGACCCCCUGGAGAUUGUGGGAGGGGAGAUCAGAGCAUCUGAGAACUCCUACUUCUGCCAGGCGGCCAGGCAGCUGGCCUGCGUGCCGUCCUCCCAGCUCUGCGUCAAGCUGGCGAGCGGCGGCGACCCCACGUACGCCUUCAACAUCCGCUUCACUGGGGAGGAGGUACACGGCACCAGCGGCUCCUUCCGCCACUUCCUGUGGCAGGUGUGCAAAGAGCUGCAGAGCUCCGCGCUGUCGCUGCUCCUGCUGUGCCCCAGCUCGGCCGUCAACAAGAACAAGGGCAAGUACAUCCUGACCCCCAGCCCCAUCACCUACGGGGAGGAGCAGCUGCUGCACUUCCUGGGCCAGCUGCUGGGCAUCGCCAUCCGCGCAGACGUGCCGCUGCCCCUGGACCUCCUGCCCUCCUUCUGGAAGACGCUGGUGGGGGAACCCCUGGACCCGGACCAGGACCUGCAGGAAGCAGACAUUCUCACCUACAAUUACGUCAAGAAAUUCGAGAGCAUCAGCGACGAGAGCGAGCUGGAGGCCCUGUGUGCCGAGAUCGCCUCGCAGCACCUGGCCUCCGAGAGCCCCGACGGCCCGGGCAGGCCCUGCUGCAGGUUCACGUACCCAGCCAUGACCGGGGAGGAGGUGGAGCUGUGCAGCCGCGGCCGCCACAUCCCCGUGGCCUGGGAGAACAAGGACGUGUACGCAGCGGCCAUCCGGAGCCUGCGGCUGCGGGAGCUGCAGAACGUGGAGUGCGUGACGGCCGUGCGCGCGGGGCUGGGCUCCGUCAUCCCGCUGCAGCUGCUCACCACGCUCAGCCCGCGGGAGAUGGAGCUGCGCGCCUGCGGCCUCCCCUACGUCAACCUCGAGUUCCUGAAGGCCCACACCAUGUACCAGGUGGGGCUCAUGGAGACGGACCAGCACAUCGAGUUCUUCUGGGGCGCCCUGGAGAUGUUCACCCAGGAGGAGCUGUGCAAGUUCAUCAAGUUCGCCUGCAAUCAGGAGCGCAUCCCGUUCACCUGCCCCUGCAAAGACGGGGGCCCCGACACCGCCCAUGUGCCCCCGUACCCCAUGAAGAUCGCGCCCCCAGAUGGCACAGCAGGCUCCCCGGACUCGCGCUACAUCCGCGUGGAGACCUGCAUGUUCAUGGUCAAGCUCCCGCAGUACUCGUCCCUGGAGACGAUGCUGGAGAAGCUGCGCUGCGCCAUUCACUACCGCGAGGACCCCCUGAGUGGCUGAGGGGAGGCACCCCAGAGUCACGUGUCACCGAGGUACCACUCCGCCAGCUGGGGGAGCCACCAGCGCGGGCACGUCCCUCCGGGCCCCGCGUGAGGAGUCGGCAACAUCCUGCUUUUCCGAACUCUCGCCCACUUCCAGGCCUCCUGGAAGCCCACCCUCGUGUUUGUACGUUUCGUGACGGGUUGGUUCUUUUGCUGUCCGUGGUAUGUUUCGUAGGCUAGUGUAGUUCCCAGGCAGUUUGUGUCUCCUUUGACCUUCCUGGACACUGUCCCUCACGGCCACUGGAUUCUGACGCCACCAGGAUCCAGCCACAGAACCACCGAGCAGGAAGGCAGGGUGGUGGCACGAUGCCUUGGCCACACCGCGUGUCCCGUUGUGCAGAGCCCCUCCUGCCUCCUGCGCUCGCUGCUGCGGGCCUGGGCCGUCGGGCCCCGCCACGCGCGGGGAGCUUUGCGUGUCAUCGCUGCCUCGAGAACCUCGUUGAUGGUCAGGGUUUCUCGGAGAAGCCCGACUGGAUCAUUCCCCAGCCUCUUCCACAGACCCUCGGCUCUGCCAUCUCUCGGGGUUUCCCUCCAGUGCUCCCCGGGAGCAGAGAACCAAAGGGCACAUUCCCGACCUGAUCCGAGCCGGGCUGAGCCCGUGCCAGCUGCAGGAGGCGGCGGCUGGGGUAGGGGCUGUUCCGGGACGGGACGGGCAACCCAGACGCGGCCUGUCUCUGUGCCUUUGGGGACGCAAGGGAGGAAGACAGGCAGAGGCCUCUGAACAGAGCUGUCGUGGUGCUCUGCUCCAUCGGGGGUCUGCUUCAGUGGCUGAGACCUUCAAGUCCAAGGGGGAGGGGCGGUCAGGGCCAGUCCUGCUGGCCAAAGCUGCCCGGCACCCGCCGUCACCCUGUGCACAAGCGCACCAGGGCUGAGCCCCAGGCUCGCCCACUCCAUCUGUGCCACGGCAGGUCUCAGUCCGGUGGUACUUGGCUCCCCUCAGUGUGUGCCACUCUGUGGGCUGUCGUUUGGGCCUCGCGGCUCUCACAGGUCGUCACUGUAUUUACUGUAUGAUAUUGUGAAUAUCGAGUGCGAGUGGCGCUGUCCCAAGGCUCCGGCGAGCAGGAGGGCGAGGCCGGGUGGCUGUCUGGCCCGGCCCGCUGGGAAGCCGUGGAGCGUAGGCAGGGCCACCGGCCUCCAGCUCCUCCCCGUUCCUCUUAGGAAGUGCAGGAAGCACCGGGAGGCAAAGCUGACCCUGGGUGAAUGUUUCUGGUGGCAUCAGCUGCGCCUGAUGCAGGGACCACCGUGGGGGAAGCCCCCCGCAAGCACUUUCCUGCUUGGAGAACCCGCUCGGCGGCUGCCUGCCGGGGCGCAGCCCUGACCACAAGGGUCCUCGCUCUGCUCUGCGGAAGGAAAGAGCCUCUGGAUUCGCUCGCGGGUUCGGGUCUUUUUAACUCCUCAGCCCCGUGCCCCCAUCCCAUCCCCUGGCGGACGGGGGGUGCUGCCGGCCCCUCCCAGGAGGGGAGUCCCGUGGGGAAGGUGUCUGCUGCUAAUGGGACCACUCAGGCAGCACAGCCGCGUCUGGACACAGUGAAACCUUGGCCCUAAACAUGUGUGCUGUAAAGUUACUUGAUGUAUAUUUAUUAUAAUUAUUUAUGGUUGCAUCUAACAGACUUUUCAUCCAAUUCGAUGCUAUUUACACCACUGCUGUGUAAAGGAGGCCCACUUACAGAACAAUGUCGCACCAAUAAAUAACCUUCAUCUAAUUUUGAUCUUC